CCACACGCUUGAACCAUGAUCGCCGCCGCGUUCUUAGUUUUGCUGAGACCUUACAGCAUCCAGUGUGCCCUCUUCUUGCUGCUUCUCCUGCUGGGGACCAUCGCCACAAUUGUAUUCUUCUGCUGCUGGCACCGUAAGCUCCAGAAAGGGAGGCAUCCGAUCAAAUCCGUCUUUUCAGGGCGCUCCAGAAGUCGAGAUGCUGUAAUGAGAACCCAUCACUUUCGUUCCGAGGUAAUUUAUUUAGCACGCAAUCUCAAGGGUUUCAGACCAAGUCCACGCCAUAUUAGAAGACGUGUAGUACCUCGACUUGAAGAAACACAACCUUUAGUAGAAGUACAUCAGCUGAGUGAGCAAGAAACAUCUGUCAAGAAAAGAAAAAUCAAGAAGAGCAGCAGAGUUCAACCAGAAUUCUAUCAUUCUGUUCAGGUCACACCAACUCGAAAACCAAGCUCAGGCAACGCUUCCUACAGAUGCUCCAUGUCAUCCUCUGCGGAUUUUUCUGAUGAUGAUGAUUUCAGCCAGAAAUCUGGUUCCCUGUCUCCUGCUCCGGGUGACACCCUGCCCUGGAACCUACCUAAACAUGAGAGAUCCAAGAGGAAGAUUCAAGGAGGAGCAGUGCUGGAUCCAGCCGAGAGAGCUGUACUCAGGAUAGCUGAUGAGCGGGACAAAGUACAAAAGAAAACAUUCACAAAAUGGAUAAACCAGCACCUUAUGAAGGUUCGCAAGCAUGUGAAUGACCUGUAUGAAGACCUGAGAGAUGGACAUAACUUGAUUUCACUUUUAGAAGUUCUUUCAGGAGACACCUUGCCAAGGGAGCGAGAUUUUUUGAAGACCUUACGGUUGGUGAGUUCAGCAGAAGCAUGCCCGUUUGAACAGCAUGAGGAUGAGGAGGAUGAGGAUAAGGGGCCUAGAGAGAAAGGUCGAAUGCGUUUUCAUAGACUACAGAAUGUACAAAUUGCACUUGAUUAUUUGAAAAGACGGCAGGUGAAAUUGGUGAACAUUAGAAAUGAUGACAUAACGGACGGGAAUCCCAAGUUGACUUUGGGAUUGAUAUGGACCAUAAUUUUGCACUUUCAGAUUUCUGAUAUCCACGUUACUGGAGAGUCAGAGGAUAUGUCUGCUAAAGAGAGAUUACUUCUGUGGACACAGCAGACAACUGAGGGUUAUGCUGGAAUUCGUUGUGAAAAUUUCACUACCUGCUGGCGAGAUGGGAGAUUAUUUAAUGCCAUCAUUCAUAAAUACAGGCCGGACCUGAUAGACAUGAAUACCGUUGCUGUUCAAAGCAACCUUGCAAAUUUAGAGCAUGCUUUUUUUGUAGCAGAAAAACUUGGUGUUGCCAGACUUCUGGAUCCUGAAGAUGUUGACGUCUCCUCGCCUGAUGAGAAGUCAGUAAUCACUUAUGUUUCAUCACUUUAUGAUGCAUUUCCCAAAGUACCUGAAGGUGGUGAAGGCAUCAGUGCACAUGAUGUUGAAGUCAAGUGGGUUGAAUACCAGAAUAUGGUGAACUACCUCAUCCAGUGGAUCAGGCACCAUGCCACAAUAAUGGCUGACAGAGUGUUUCCAAACAAUCCUGUGGAACUCAAGGCACUUUAUAACCAAUAUUUACAAUUUAAAGAAACAGAAAUUCCGCCAAAGGAGAUAGAUAAAUCAAAAAUCAAACACCUAUAUAAAUUACUGGAGGUUUGGAUAGAAUUUGGGCGUAUCAAGCUUCCUCAAGGCUACCACCCAAAUGACAUUGAGAAAGAAUGGGGGAAGCUAAUUAUUGCUAUGUUGGAGAGAGAGAAAAUACUUCGACCAGAAGUUGAAAGGUUAGAGAUGCUGCAGCAGAUUGCAAACAGGGUUCAGCGAGACAGCCUGAGCUGUGAAGACAAACUCACGCUUGCUCGAAAUGCACUUCAGUCAGAUGGAAAGCGAUUGGAAUCCGGGCUGCAGUUCCAGAAUGAAGCGGAGAUUGCAGGUUACCUACUUGAAUGUGAGAAUCUGUUGCGUCAGCAAGUUAUGGAUGCCCAGAUUCUUAUUGAUGGAAAAUAUUAUCAGGCAGAUCAGCUGGUCCAGAGGGUUGCAAAACUACGAGAUGACCUUAUGGCCUUAAGAACACAGUGCUCCUCGAUCUACAGCAAGGGGAGGACACUGACGACAGAACAGACCAAGAUGAUGAUAUCAGGAAUCACACAAAGCUUAAACUCAGGAUUUGCACCAAACUUAGGCCCUGGUUUAACCUCUGGACUGAGCCAGGGCUUAUCACCCUCCUUGACAUCAUCCAGUUUAACAUCAGGUUUAUCAUCAGGUCUUUCUUCAAGACUGACUCCAGCCAUCACCCCAGCAUACACACCAGGUUUCCCACCAAGGUUAAUUCAAAGCUACAUAACUGGAGUUGACACUGGUGGACUGCAAACACUCAAACUAAUGCAGAUUCGAAAACCCCUGAUGAAGUCAGCAUUUAUUGAUCAGAAUUUGACAGAGGAGGAAGUCAACAUGAAAUUUGUCCAGGACCUUUUAAGAUGGGUAGAUGAAAUGCAGGUGCAACUUGAUCGGGUUGAAUGGGGCUCGGAUUUGCCAAGUGUUGAAAGCCAUGUAGAAAAUCACAAGAAUGUCCACAAAGCUAUUGAAGAAUUUGAGUCAAGCCUUAAAGAAGCAAAAAUCAGUGAGAUCCAAAUGACUGCACCCCUUAAACUCAGCUAUGCAGACAAAUUGCACAAACUGGAGAGCCAAUAUGCAAAACUUUUGAAUACAUCAAGAAAUCAGGAAAGACACCUUGAUACCCUUCACAAUUUUGUAUCGCGUGCUACCAGGGAACUCAUAUGGUUGAAUGAAAAAGAAGAGGAGGAAGUUGCUUAUGACUGGAGUGAAAGAAACACAAAUAUAGCAAGGAAAAAGGAAUACCAUGCAGAACUGAUGAGAGAACUUGAUCAGAAAGAAGAAGUUAUUAAAUCGGUUCAGGAAAUAGCAGAGCAAUUGUUAUUUGAAAAUCACCCUGCAAGGUUAACUAUUGAGGCCUAUCGAGCUGCAAUGCAAACACAGUGGAGCUGGAUUUUACAGCUUUGCCAGUGUGUGGAACAGCAUCUAAAAGAAAACACUGCAUAUUUUGAGUUUUUCCAUGAUGCCAAAGAGGCCACAGAUUAUUUGAAGAAUUUAAGAGACGCUGUACAUCGAAAAUACAGUUGUGAUAGGUCCAGCAGUAUUCAUAAACUGGAAGAUCUCAUCCAGGAGUCUAUGGAAGAAAAAGAACAGCUCCUUCACUACAAGAGCACAGUGGCAGGCCUUGUGGGGAGAGCAAAGGCAAUAGUUCAGCUGAAGCCAAGGAAUCCAGAUAAUCUACUCAAGACAUCCAUCCCAAUUAAGGCCAUCUGUGACUAUAGACAAAUUGAGAUAACCAUUUACAAAGAUGAUGAAUGUGUACUAGCAAGCAACUCCCAUCGGGCAAAAUGGAAAGUGAUUAGUCCAAGUGGUAAUGAGGCCAUGGUUCCCUCUGUAUGUUUUACAGUUCCUCCGCCCAACAAAGAAGCAAUAGACACUGCAAACAGAAUUGAACAGCAAUAUCAGAAUGUCCUAGCUCUCUGGCAUGAAUCCCAUAUAAACAUAAAGAGUGUGGUCUCCUGGCACUACUUGACAAAUGAAAUCGAAACAGUUCGAGCUAGUAAUGUGGCUUCGAUAAAGACACUCUUGCCAGGUGAACAUCAGCAGGUUUUAAGCAAUUUGCAAUCCCGCUUUGAUGACUUUCUGGAGGACAGCCAGGAAUCAAAAAUCUUUUCAAUGGCUGACAUCGCACAGCUAGAAAGGGAAGUAAAUGUGUGCAAACAGUACUACCAAGAGCUCCUUAAGUCUGCAGAGAGAGAGGAACACGAGGAGUCCAUUUACAACUUAUACAUCUCAGAAGUUCGAAACAUCAGACUUCGUUUGGAGAACUGUGAAGAUCGUUUAAUUAGGCAGAUUCGGACCCCACUGGAGAGAGAUGACCUGCAUGAAAGUGUGUUUCGGAUCUCUGAACAAGAGAAGCUGAAAAAGGAGCUGGAUCGACUUAAAGAAGAUUUGGAAACAAUCACAGACAAGUGUGAUGAUUUCUUUAAUCAAGCCGCUGGGUCACCCUCAGUCCCUACUCUGCGGUCAGAGCUUAACCUUGUGAUUCAAAAUAUGAAUCAGGUUUACUCCAUGUCUUCCAUUUAUAUAGAAAAGUUAAAAACUGUAAAUUUGGUCCUCAAAAACACUCAAGGGGCUGAAUCAUUGGUAAAACUGUAUGAGACUAAACUAUGUGAGGAAGAUCCAUUAACUGCUGAGAAAAGUAAUAUAGAGAACCUGAUGGGUAUAUUAAAGCAAUGGAGAUCAGAAGUUGAUGAAAAAAGAGAAGUAUUCCAUGCUCUUGAAGAUGAACUCCAGAAAGCAAAAGCAAUUAGUGAACAAAUGUUUAAAACUCACAAGGAACGUGAUCUUGACUUGGACUGGCACAAAGAGAAAGCAGAUCAGCUAACUGAGAGGUGGCAAAAUGUUCAUUCUCAGAUUGAGAACAGGUUGCGUGACUUAGAUGGGAUCAAUAAAUCUCUAAAAUACUACCGGGAUACUUACAAUGCAUUGGAUAACUGGAUUAAGCAAGUGGAAGAAACUCAGCAAAAGUUUCAGGAGAACCCUCCUCAAAAUAGCAAAGCUCUGGCCAAGCAGCUAAACCAACAAAAGGUGCUUGUGUCUGAAAUAGAGAUGAAACAAAACAAACUAGAUGAGUGCCAGAAAUAUUCGGAGCAGUAUUCAGCGGCAGUAAAGGACUAUGAGUUACAAACAAUGACAUAUAGAGCCAUGGUUGAUUCCCAGCAAAAAUCUCCUGUGAAACGACGAAGAAUGCAGAGCUCCUCUGAUUUCAUUAUCCAAGAGUUCAUGGAUUUAAGAACGCGCUAUACUGCUUUGGUAACCUUGAUGACACAAUACAUAAAGUUUGCUGGUGACUCGCUGAAAAGGCUAGAGGAGGAAGAGAAGUCAGUGGAAGAGGAAAAGAAAGAACACAUUGAAAAAGCUGGGGACUUACUGAAAUGGGUGUCAAGCAUCACCAAGAACCUCAACAAAGGUGGAGGAGAAAAGCCUGCAACAGUAGAUUUGCUUAAGAAACAGAUUUCUUCUGAUGAAAUAUCAACCAAGAAAGAACAGAUACUAGAGACUUUGCAAACAACGCAGUCAUUUUUGGCAAAACAUGCUGAUAAAAUGACAGAUGAAGAGAAAAAUGAACUUGAGAAUCAUGUAAAGUCCCUACAAGAGGGUUAUAAAGUGUUAUCCAGUGAGGAUUUGAAGCAGCUGCAGGAAGAACAAAAUGUAGAUGAUGAAAACAUGGAGGAAAAGGUGGACCAAGUCAUAGCUGGCAUCAUUGAUCAGAGCACUGGAGAGAUGUUUUCAGUUUUACAAUCAGUUUAUAAAGGCCUUAUUGACUAUGACACUGGAAUUCAGUUACUUGAGAGCCAACUCAUUUUAUCAGGUAUAAUUUCUCCAAUCUCAGGAAGGAGCUUUGACCUUGAAGAAGCAAAAGUCCAUGAACUUGUUGAUGAACAAACUAUUGUCAAACUGCAAGGUUUGCAGAAUGCCAAGAAGGCCAUUUCAAAACUGCAGUUAACAACACUUCCAGUUGUAGCUGCUUUGGAACAGGAUCUAAUUUCAGAAUCUCUGGCAAUUAAAAUUUUAGAGACUCAGCUUUCUAGAGGGCAUCUAACGAUACCAGCCACAGGAGAACAACUGAGUCUGCACAAAGCUUUCCAGAAGAACCUGAUUUCUGCAGCGUUAUAUACCAAGAUCCUGGAAAGACGUGACACAUGCAGAGACUUGAUUGACCCCAACACUGCAGAAAAGGUUUCCCUUCAGGAACUGCUUGAAAGAACUGUAGAACAUAAACAAGCAGGGCUGAGGCUUUUACCUGUGAUUCCUCAGGAAAGAGGCAGAAUAGCACUUAAAUGUGGAAGGAAGAUAAGUAUUUUGAGAGCUGCUCAUGAAGGACUCAUAGAGAGAGAGACCAUGUUCAGGCUGAUGGGUGCUCAGCUGCUUUCUGGCGGGUUCAUUCAUCCAGAUACAGGACACAGAAUGACUGUUGAAGAGGCAAUGAAAGAAGGGGUUAUUGAUCAGGAUGCUGCUUGUGCUAUUUUGACCCACCAGGUUCAGACAGGUGGGAUCUUAUGUCCAGAGUCAUCAAAGCGUUUGACUGUAGAUGAGGCUGUACAGUGCGACUUGAUAUCUUCUACUAGUGCCCUUCUGGUCCUUCAAGCACAGCGAGGUUUCAUUGGGUUGAUCUGGCCACAUAGCGGUGAAAUAUUUCCUGUAUCCACCUCUUUGCAUCAAGGUAUGAUCACUAAUGAGCUAGCCUGCAAAAUUUUAAGUGGGCGGCAAAAAAUAGCUGCCCUUUAUAUUCCAGAAACUUGUGAAGUGAUCAGCCUGGAUAAUGCUGCUCAGCAAGGAGUCAUAAAUAUGAAUACUUCAUCAGUCUUGAAUAGCAUUACCCUACCUGACGAAAUGCCUAAUGUAGAUGAUAUACCAGUCUCUUUGAAAAGAGUUGCAACAUGGCUCUCCUCUUACGAACUCCACCCAACAGCCCAACAUGACAGUGGAAUGGAAGUGGAUGGUUCAGACACUAGUGAGCCUGUACAUCACUGCCCACUUCAAACUCAAAAGCUGUUCAUGUCUUACCUAAUGAUAAAUAGCUGUAUGGAUGCAAACACAGGGCAAAGACUUUUGUUACACUGUGGUGACUUAAAUGACACUGUCACUUUAUUAAUGGAUGGAAAUAGUAAUAAUACAGAUGGGACUGAAGGGCAAAUUUGUGAGUCCCAUGUAAAUUCAAGGGUACCAGGUUCUGGCCAAUGUUCUGAAAAUGUAGCAUUUAGCUGCAGCACCAGCUGUGCUUUAGAGCAAGAGACAAGUGUUAAAAACAUUUCUAGUGAUAAGCACAGGAAGGAAUUUCAUGAAGAUCGUCAGACUGAAAAAAGCUCAGGAGAAAAUCUUUUUCAUAAUGUGGCUGGUGAGGAGUCAGAAUGUACUGUAAAUACUUUAUUUGGUAAACAGGAAGAUAGUUCUAGAAAGGUACUCAAUACAAGUCAGAACUGUGAGAAAGAACAAGUAUGUAGAAGUUUGCUGGACUGCUCUGAAAAAAUACCCACGGAAGAUUUAACAAAGCAAGAAGAGGCUGGAAAUGUUGAAGCAAAAGGGUCACUUCCAAAUUAUUCACAAGAAAAUCUUAAUUCAAGAAUAAAUGAAGAUGAUAUUUGCAUACUAGAAAGAGAGAAAGUAAAGUGGGAUGAAUGCAGUCCUUCAGACAUCUUAGACAACAUUUUGGAUGUCAACGAUUCUUCAGCUAUUCAUACAGAAGGGAGCACACAAGAGAGCUCUGAUACCUCACAUUGCAUGGUCAACAAUAUGGGGAAAUGCAUGCCUGAAAUUUUGCAAACUGAAGAAGGAAUUACGUUAAUCAAGGGUGAAGCAGAAGAUGAUUUUCAGGAUAUUUUACAUGCCAGUAUGGAAUCUGGCAAUAAGCCUUUACCUGAACUGAAUCAGGAAAAUUUAAGGGAUUGUAAUGAAGGUGGGAAAUUGCAUUCUGAAACUAAUACCUUUUCACUACAACAUAACAUUGAUAGUAUGACCAGUGGAUCUGCUUUACAAACCUUUAACAAUACAAAUGGCAAAUUACCAUUAGAAAACCAUUCCAUAAUGCAUGGUGCAUGUGUGCUGAAAAGCUGUCUUCAUGUGAAUGAUAAACAGGCAGAAGAAGAUCUGACAAAUGUAUGUGUUAACCCACCAUUGGAAGAUGAUGCUAGUAAAUUUACUGGGUGUUUGUUGGAAGACAAUGCCAAUUUGAAAGAUGCAUCACUAUUGGAAGCCAGAUAUUAUACGAAUGGACAUCCAUCACAGGAUAACUCCAACUCUAGUAUGGCUGUGCUAGAAAAUACUUUUCCUAAUAGUGAUCCGCCACUGGAAGACAAGAUCAGUUGGAUUAAAGGAAUAUUGUGGGAACAGCAGCCUGAAACGGAAAGUGCAACAUCUCUGGAAGAUAUUAAUAUCAAAGAUGGGGAGCAACCCAUAGAGCAGACUUACUGUGUACCUUUGCAUGAUUAUCAUGCCAAUUCUGUUGGCAUUCCACUGUUGGAAUAUACCGAAGAUAAAUCCAUUGGGCCACUUCAGAAAGAAUGUACUAUUAUUCCUGCUGAGCUUCCACUGGAAAAACCCAUUGAUGCAAAUACUCAGGCCCCAACAGAAGUCAGUGCUAAAUGUCCAGAUGGAUCAUUCACUGAAAUUGGUACUCACAGCCAGCCUAAAUCAUCUUUAGAAGUCAAUACUAGUAUGAGGAAUGGUGAGCCAUCCGUGGAUGAUAGUAGGUCAAUAUUUCCAGGUGACAGAUUCGUUUUGGAAGGUAAUAGCAGUAAGCCUUCUGAGGCAUUGCAUGAAACAAAAUAUAGUAUUCCGCAGUCAGAAAAUGGCAAUGACUACAAAGCUGGCAAAGACCUUUGUGGCAUGCCUCAAGAUAAAGAUGGCAUUGAGGCUGGUGAUGUCAUACAGAAGGAUCCUAACACUGGUGUUUCUAUCUUGGCCAAUGCUAGCAUGGGUGACUACUCUGCUUUUAGAAAUGAUACUAAUCCAGAGCCCAGCAACAGUGCAGUAGUCCUCAAAGGAGCCUCAGAUAAGCCAGUGCAAAAAGAACCAUCUUUUCAGCUCAACCUGAAUACAGAAGAGGAGAAUAUUCUAUGCUUUAGUGAAUCAAGUGACACUGAUUCAUUUGAAAUUAUAAAUAUAGCAGCAUUAGAGGCAAAGAUACAAGGCAAUAUUCUAGAAAAGGCAGAAGACAUUGGAGAUGCAGAAAAGCCAACAGAGAAAAAAGAAAGUGAAGAAAGUAAGGUGCUUGGUAGUUCACAGGAAAUGUUUCAUGAAACUAAAAUGCAAAGAAAUGGGUAUGAAGAAAUCAGAAUGGAAGAAGAAUGUGACUCUAGUGAAACAGAACAUGAAAAUGAGUAUCUGGAUAAUGACAAUGGCAAAGAUGAGGAUGAUUUUGAAAAUUAUGAUUUUGUAGAUUUUGAUUAUGAUACUUCUGAUGACACAGAUUAUGAGGAUGAAGGGGUGAUGGAGAUGCAUUAUUCACAGUGCCGUGAUAAAAACACCGGAGUCCAGUGUCUCAGAGACAACAAAAAACUUUCAGAGACAAGAGAAAGCAGGGAUAUCCAUGCUAAAAACAAUUUGAACUUAGAUUCAAAAAAUGGGUUACUGUGCUCUGAAAACAUCUAUGUUGAUGAGCAAAAUAUAGCUUAUGUUGCUAAAAAUGACUCUCUAUAUAAAAGUAAAGAUGAAAGACUGCCAGAAACUGAGCGUGCUUGUAAACCUUUCAUGGAAAGCCAGCAUGCGUUAUCUAACAGCGAAACCUCCCAGUUAGGCAUAAGCAAUAGUGAAAUAUUAGAGAACACAGAAGACAGUCAGGCUAAAUUAGACAUACCUCUUCAGUGCACCUUAUACACUGAUCACAGCAGUGUUAAAACCCCUGGUGAGAUACCAAUGCCACAUUUGGACUGUGAGAAAAGGCAGGAAGCAAAAGAUGGGAAAUCAGUACAAGCAGUCACCAAUAUGCCACUAGUAGAAAUGGACACUCUAAAACAAAUUAACAAUGGAGCGUGGAUUCCAAAAGAAGAUACUAUCCAGGAACCAAGUAGAAGCCCUGAAGAGAUUGAUUCACUGAUUAUUAAAAAUGAACAUGAAAUUAUUCCCUUAAGUGACAAGAAAGCAAGUCUUGACCAAAUUUCCAAUAAAGCUACCUCAGUUCCACACUCUGACAGUUUUGUUAUGGAUGGAUCAGUGAAUUACGAAGAGCAGUUUGAUCUUUCUUCUUAUUUAAAACAAUGUGCAGAAGAUAUAAAAGCCAAAGAUAUCUUAGCACUGAGGGAGGGAGAUUCAUUUUCCCUUAAGGAUACUAGAAAAGACAGUGAAGAGAAUGGAGAGGAGCUAAUGGUAGGGGGAAGUGUAAAUGAUAAGGGGGGAAAGCAACCAGGAGAUCUGAGAUCCCCACUGCUUUCAUCUCUUGCAUCAGUUCUACCUAUGAAAGCUAAAGGUAGUGAAGAAGCAGAGGGUAGUAUUCAACCUAAAGUAUCUCAUGGAGAAAUCGAAAGCUAUAAAUGUAACCUGGACAAUAGGGAACAUGACAGUCUUAGAGAAGUAAAUAAGAAAAAUGAAGUCUGUUCUGAGGAACAGUUGCAGGCAAGAGACUUAUCUUUUAAUGCUUUGGGCACCAUGGAUGGUAGCUUGCAUGACAUUGAACAGAAAGCAAUAGUUAGUCAGAACACUGUGAGAAAUGUCAAGGAAGACAACUUUCUAGCCCAUGAGUCUACUUCCUUGAUGAACAGCAUCAGUGAAAGCAUGCAACAGUCUCAAAAAGCUGUGACACUUCCUAAUAUUUCCCCACUGAAGGAACAGGAAAUGCAUUUUUCUAAAGUGUCGGGUACCUUACCUGAAAGCUUAACAAAUAUACUUAAAGACAAAAUAAAAGAUGGCCGUAUUUACUACAAGCAGGAAGAUGAACCUUUAAGUUAUACUGGCACAAGAACUUUAAUGCAAAAUUUACUUAAAAUGGUUAAUUACACACCAUGGGGAAGUGAAGUUUCUAAUAAAUCAGAUGACACAAAUGUAAAUGAUGAUACUACAGCUACCUCGGCAGCCCCUCCUUUGUGCCCACAUGUCAACAAACAUAGUUCUUCCCCACAUAGUUGGCUGGACAACAGUAGUCCUGACCUCCUGCUUGAUAUACUGAAGCAAGAUCAUUGCAGUCAAAGAACUGAUAGUGCAGGCUGGGCAGUGGAUGAGAAGGCCCAGACUGAAAGAGAUCAGUUGAUGAAACCUUUGCAGUUCGGCCAUACCUCAAGUGAAGGUGGAAGCUCAUCAGGAUUAAAACCAGAAGCUGCUGCACAGAACUUUGCUCCAUGUAAGAAGACUCUUGCAGUGAGCGAAGAACAACAGACUGAUGAGCCACCUCAUCCAUCAAAAUGCUUGUCUGAUGACGCUAUAGAAAUGCAGGAAUCUGUACCAAGGAGCAUGCUAUGCGGUAGUAUGCAGCCUUGUUCUUGGUUGACAGAGAAUUUGAGAAGACACUUGACAGAGAUUAAAAAUAUGAAAUUCCUUUUGGAUGAUCUGCAACCCAUCAGUAAUGAGUUGGAAUCCCUAAAAGUGCAACUUGAGCAGUUAGAGUCAUUCGAAUCAGGAAUCACUGCAUUUUCUGUUAUUCUGCGGAAAGAUAUGGAGCUGGCAGAAGAGUUUCUAAAGCAUCACCAUGAAGAUAUUCCCAGAGAGCAGUUUGAGGACCUAAAAGAAACCUAUGAACAUUUGAACAAAGAUUUCCUUGUGGUCUGUGAGAUGUCUUCAAAGCGAGCAAAGCAAAUAGUCUUUGCAGUAGACUCUGAAAUGGCUAAACUUGCAGUGUUGCAUCAGGAAUAUUUAGUUAAGCUACAGGACUUCUCAGAAUGGAUCACAGAGAAGAGUGAAGCAGCAAAUAACCUAAAAGUGGAAGCAUGUGCUAUGGAAGAAAUGAAACGAAGGUUUCAGUUAUUCAAGGACCUUGAAAAAGAGCUUGGAUGUAGAAAAAUGCAGCUGGAGUCCACAGCCCUAGACAUCCAGUUUUUCAUUUCUGAACAUGCCCAAGACCUUUCCCCAAACCAAAGCAAGCAACUGUUGAGGCUCUUAAAUACCACACAGAAGCACUUCCAGGAGAUGCAAGAAACAAUAAGAACCCAGAUGAACAUUUUUGAAACUCUUUUAGAGGAAGCACAAGUUCUUGUUGAUCAGAAGGACUUGGCUGAGCAACACCAGGAAUUCACAGAGAAACUGCAGGAGAUCUGUGAUCUCCUCACGCAAACAGAAAACCAGCUCAUUGGCCACAAAGAAGCCCUUGUCAUUGAGGACAGCAAGGCUGAGUUGCAGCAGUAUCAAGCCAGGCAAGAGGAGUUACAAAAAGAUAUGCAAGCAAAUACACAGGCGUUGGCAGAAAUUGUAAAAAACACAGAGAUGUUCUUGAAAGAAAAUGGAGAAAAGCUGCUACAGGAGGACAAGAGUGCUCUUGAAAAGAAGCUGAAUGAAGCCAAGACCAAGUGUUUGCUGCUUAGCCAGAAGGCAGAAGAGUCCAGAAAGGAGCUGGACAAAGCUGUGACAACAGCCAUUAAACAGGAAACAGAAAAGGUUGCAGCUAGAGAACAGCUGGAAGAAAGUAAAAGUACAAUAGAAAAUCUUCUGGAUUGGUUGUCAAAUGUAGACAAAGAUGCUGAACAUGGCAAGAAAUGCCAACCAGCAAUCAAACAGAAUGGCACUCAUUUCCAAGAAGGGAAUGUAGAGAGUAUGGUGGAAGAGGAAGAUGAAGUCAAUGGUAACUUGCUAGAAAUUCAACAAGAGAAUGAAACUGAAGUAGAUGGACAGUUGAAACCCUCAGAAGAUAACCUCAACAUGCAAUAUCAGAAAGCCAAGGCUCAACACGAGAAAAUUAUUUCACAGCAGCAAGCUGUUAUUAUAGCUACACAGUCAGCCCAAGCCCUGCUUGAGAAACGAGGGCACCAUCUUUCUCCAGAGGAAAAAGAAAAGAUUCAGAGGAACAUGAAGGAACUGAAAGUCCAGUAUGAAACUGCUUUGGCCGAGUCAGAGCAAAAGCUAAAGCUAACUCGGUCUUUGCAAGAGGAACUUGAGAAGUUUGAUGCAGACUACCAUGAGUUUGAGUGCUGGCUCCAGCAGGCUGAGCAAGAGCUUGACAACCUGGAGGCAGGUGCAUCGGACUCAGCUGGCAUUAUUGUCAAACUGAAGAGGCAAAAGAGCUUUUCUGAAGAUGUCAUUUCUCACAAAGGGGAUUUGCGGUACAUCACCAUUUCUGGGCAGAGAGUAUUGGAUGCAGCUAAGUCAUGCAACCAAAGAGAAGGUGUCAAAUAUGACAAAGAAGGAAUCGAUACUUCAUCAACUUAUACAGAGGUACAGAAUAAGCUGGACAGUGCAACCGGUCGCUUCAAAUCUCUCUACUCUAAGUGCAGUAUCCUUGGAAAUAACCUCAAAGACCUGGUAGAUAAAUAUCAGAACUAUGAGGAGACCUCCUCUGGGCUUUUGUCAGGACUCCAGGAAACUGAAGAAGCUGUGAAUAAACAACUGUCUGAGCCAGUUGCUGUGGACCCCCAAAAUCUCCAGAGGCAGCUGGAAGAGACCAAGGUGCUUCAAGGGGUAGUGUCCAGUCACCAGGUUGCUGUAGAAAAACUGAAAAAAGCAGCGGAAGUGCUUUUUGACAGCAGGGGAGAACUACUGCCGGACAAAGAUGAAAUCCAGAGUACACUGGAUACUGUUGUGGAUAAGUACAGCCAGUUAUCCAAAGCAGUGAACAAUCGUAAUGAGAAACUCCAGAUCACUCUGACACGCUCAUUAAGCGUACAGGAUGGAUUGGAUGAAAUGCUUGAUUGGAUGAAUGGUGUCGAGAAAAGCCUUGAGGAGCAAGGCCAACUGCCUUUGAAUUCUGCUGCUAUUCAGGACGUUAUUAGUAAAAGCAUGGCACUAGAACAAGACAUGAUAGGUCGUCAAAGCAGCCUGAAUGCCAUGAAAGAAAAAAUGAACAAAUUCCUGGAAACAGCAGACCCAUCCACUGCGUCCUCUUUACAAGCUAAAAUGAAUGAACUUUCAGUGCGGUUUUGUGAAGCAAAUAACAAACACAAGAAAAAACUUGAAGAGAUGGAGGGUUUGAAGACCAAAGUGGAGCUGUUUGAGUGCCUGUCUGACAAACUUCAGUCAUUCUUAGACAGGAAAACUCAAGUCCUCAGUGAUGCUGACAUCCCAGGAAAGGAUGUUGCUGAAAUGUCCCUAUAUGUGCAGGAGACCAACACGGAAUUGAUGGAGCAGAAAAGGGAUCUUGAAGUUUUGCAACACCUCAUUGAAGAACUUUCUUCUCAUGCUCUUCCUGGGGACAAGUCAUUAGUGCUAGAAAAAGUAAAUGCCUUGUCAAAGAAAUUCAGAGAAAUGGAAGAAACUAUACGAGAAAAAGAAGAGGGUGUGUCCUCUUGCCAGCAGCAAAUGGAUACAUUCAAGCUUCAUGUCGAGUCUUUGAAGAAAUGGAUAGAUGAAAUGACUGAGAGGAUUCCAGAAACUCAACCUUUGUUAAAUACUGAUACUUUAAAGAAACAUUUACAAAGCACCCAGAAUUUGGAAGAUGAAUGGAAGUCAAAGGCACCAGACAUUCAAAAAAUGGUCAGCACAGGAACAGCAUUAUGUAACUUAAUCAGUGCUGUCACUUCUCCUGCAAAAUCAAGAGGAAUAAAAUCAGCUGGAAUGGGAACAGUAUUAAAUGGUGAUGGAGGAGCUUCAGGUACCCAGGAUUUCCUGACAAACAAAGAACUGACCACUGUCCAACAUAAUAUGUCAACUGUAAGCCGUAAUUAUGAUGAUUUGGGAGCAAUGCUGAAGGAAAGACGAUCAGAACUGGAAACUAUGCUUUCAAAUAUGCAAAACAUUCAAGCAGAAUCAAAUUCAAUGAUGGAAUGGCUACAGAAAAUGGAUACUGCGGCAAGCAAAUGGGAAACUGCUCUUCUUGAUGGGGAAGCAGUUAAAGAGCAAGUGGAUCAACAUAAGCUAUUUGAAACAGAACUGAAACAGAAUGAGAAUAAAGUGCAGGAGUUGAAAGACAGAGUCACAGAGUUGUUGGAGAAGAACCCGGACUCUUCAGAAGCACCAAAAUGGAAGCAGAUGUUGGAUAAAAUAGAUUCCAAAUGGAAAGAACUCAGCCAGGUAGCAGCUGACAGGCAGAAAAAAUUGGAAGAGUCAUCAAAUUAUCUGACCCAGUUCCAGACAACAGAGUCUCAGCUGAGACAGUGGCUGGUGGAGAAGGAAUUAAUGGUUAGUGUGCUUGGGCCACUGUCAAUUGAACCAAACAUGCUCAACACACAGAAGCAGCAAGUUCAGAUUCUCCUCAAAGAGUUUGACACCCGAAAACCCCAGUAUGAGCAACUGACCACAGCAGGACAAGGGAUCCUGGAGAGGCCAGGUGAACACCCACCUUCGCACGAGGCAGUGAAACAGCAACUGGCUGCUGUGGCGCAGAAAUGGGAUGGCUUAACAGGACAGCUGAGUGACCGAUGUGACCGAAUUGAGCAAGCCAUUGUCAAAAGCACAGAGUACCAAAGCUGCCUGAGAAGCCUUUUGGGGAAACUCAGCCUCUUGGAUACUAAACUCAGCAAGAGCCUGGCUGUCAGUACAGACCCGGAGGCUGUGAAGCAGCAGCUAGGAGCAGCCAGAGAAGUGAAAGAAGAAAUAGAACAAGAAAUGGCACACAUAAAUGCUGCUCAGGCUCUGUGCGAGGAAUUGUCAGCACUGGUAGCAGAAGACUACUUGAAAGCAGAACUCACGAGGCAAUUAGAUGGUGUCUUAAAAUCCUUUAAGGAUAUGGAACAAAAAGCAGACAAUCACAUUGAACAACUUCAGUCAACGUAUGCCAGUUCUCACCAGUUCCAGCAAAUGUCUAAGGACUUUCAGGCCUGGCUGGACAAAAAGAAAGAGGAACAGAAUCAGUCUCGUCCCAUCUCUACCAAAUUGGAAUCUCUGUGGGCAUUAAUUGAUGAUCAGAAAGAGUUCAAGGCUACAUUGUCUGACCAGACUGGUUCUUAUGAAAAAAUAAUUGCAGAAGGUGAAAAUCUUCUUCAGAAAACCCAAGGAGCGGAGAAGGCAGAGCUGCAGUCCCAGCUGAACUUGCUCAAAGGUAACUGGGAUGACAUGAACAAGCAAGUCAAAGAAAGGCAAGAUAAGUUAAAUGAUUGUCUGGAAAAAGCCCUCCGUUACAAAGAGCAAGUAGAGAUCCUACAGCCCUGGAUAUCCAAGUGCCAGAGUAACCUGUCUGAAAUCAAAAUAGGCAUAGAUCCUGUUGAACUAGAGAAUUCCAUCAUGCAGCUGAAGACGUGGCAGAAGGACUUGGACAAACACCAGGGGACUUUGGAACUACUAAGUAAUGCAGCUGAGGCUUUCCUUGGUGCCUGUCAAACAGAUAAAGAUGUUAUUGAAGAGGAAAAGGCAUUGCUGAACCAGCAAAUGGAUAUGGUCACAGAACAGUUACAUACUAAAAGAGAUGGUCUUGAAAAGAUGGCUCAGAGACUAAGAGAAUUUCAGGAAUCAUCCAAGGAGGUUAAAGAGCAGCUGAAGAAUGCCAGAGAGCAGCUAGAAGUUCAUGAAUCUCUUAAGCCCCAGACAUACAGUAGCAAACACUUGACAAUUAUGCAGGGUCAGCAAAAAGCACUUCAGACUUUAAAGACUCAAGUGGACUUGACAAAAAAGCUUGCUCAGGAACUGGUAGUGGAUGCUUCAGGUUCAACAGGUGUCUCUGACCUCUUGUUGCAAGCAGAAGCACUGGAAGGAGAAUACAGUUCUGUCAGCCAGCAGGUUGAAGAUACAUGUUCCUUCAUGGAGACUAAGCUUCAGGGAAUUGGCCAUUUCCAAAACACCAUCAGAGAGAUGUUUUCUCAGUUUGCAGAGUUUGAUGAUGAACUGGAUAGUAUGGCUUCUGUGGGUAGGGAUCUGGUCACCCUGCAGUCACAGCGCAAGGAUAUCAAGACUUUCCUGAAAAAGCUGGAGGAACUCAUAGCCAAUAAUGAAAAUGCAAACAAGACAUGCAAAGUGAUGUUAGCAAGUGAAGCUGAAGCUUCUCCUGACCUAGCAGGUAUUAAAAGGGACUUGGAGGCUCUGAAUAAACAAUGCAACAAGUUGCUUGACAGAGCAAGAGCCAGAGAAGAACAGAUUGAAGGGACCAUUGAACGUGUUGAAGAAUUCUAUAGCAAACUAAAGGAAUUCUCCAAACUACUUGGGGAAGCGGAAGAACAUGAAGAGUCCCAAGGUCCUGUUGGAAUGGAAACAGAGACAAUUAAUCAACAGCUAAAUGUAUUUAAGGUAUUUGAGAAAGAAGAAAUUGAACCACUGCAGGUUAAGCAACAGGAUGUAAAUUGGCUGGGUCAAGGCCUUAUUCAAAGUGCUGCUAAAGACACUAGUAUUGAUAACCUUGAGCAUGAUCUUGAAGAUGUUAACACAAGAUGGAAAACUCUCAACAAAAAGGUUGCUCAAAGAGCAGCACAAUUGCAAGAAGCAUUACUCCACUGUGGGAGGUUUCAGGAUGCUGUUGAAUCUAUACUUAGCUGGCUGAGUGACACAGAAGACCUUGUGGCUAAUCAGAAGCCCCCAUCUGCUGAGUUUAAAGUUGUGAAGGCCCAAAUACAGGAACAGAAACUUCUCCAGAGAUUGCUGGAUGACCGCAAACCCACUGUUGAACUGAUCAAGCGUGAAGGGGAGAAAAUUGCAGAGUCAGCAGAGCCUGCCGAUAAAGAGAAGAUUUUGAAGCAGCUGAGCCUCCUGGACAGCAGAUGGGAUGCAUUGCUCGAUAAGGCAGAAAUGAGGAAUCGUCAGCUGGAAGGUAUCUCAGCUGUAGCACAGCAGUUCCAUGAAACGUUAGAACCGCUGGUUGAAUGGCUAACCACCACUGAGAAGAGGCUUUCAAAUUCUGAACCGAUCGGUACACAGGCUUCCAAACUACAGCAGCAAAUUUCUCAACAUAAAGACUUAGAAGAAGACAUCACCACUCACAAUAAACAUUUACAGCAAGCUAUUAAGAUUGGUAAGGCUUUAAAGAAGUUGAGUUCGAGGGAGGAUAAAGAAAUGGUGCAGGAAAAACUAGAUUCUUCAGAAGCUCGAUACACUGAAAUUCAUGAGAAAAGCAGCAGUAGGGCUGAGCUUCUGCAGCAAGCCUAUUGCAAUGCUCAAAUUUUUGGAGAAGAUGAAGUCGAAUUGAUGAAUUGGCUGAACGAAGUACAUGAGAAACUGAGAAAACUGGCAGUCCAAGACUACAAUACUGACUUACUAGGGAAACAACACACUGAGAUGCUGGUAUUGCAAGAAGAGAUUCUGUUCAGAAAGCAGAAUGUGGAUCAGGCUAUACAAAACGGAUUGGAGCUUCUCAAACAAACUACAGGUGAUGAAGUUGUCAUAAUUCAAGAUAAGUUGGAAGGCAUUAAAGCAAGGUACAAGGACAUCACUAAGUUGAGUUCUGAUGUGUCCAAGACUUUAGAACAGGCCCUGCAGCUUUCAGGUCAGCUGCAUUCCACUCACGAAGAACUCUGCACUUGGCUUGACAAAGCUGAGGUAGAAUUACUUUCAUAUGAUUCUCAGGUCCCCAAAGGCAAAGAACUGAAUCAAGCACAAGAAAGACAGAAGGAACUGAAAAGCGAAGCAAAGGACCAUAAAAGUUUAUUGGAUACCCUCAAUGAAGUUAGUAGUGCUUUGCUGGAGCUAGUACCAUGGAGAGCAAGGGAAGGCAUAGACAAAAUGGUUACAGAAGACAAUGAACGGUACAGAUCAGUGAGUGACAGUAUAACUCAGAAAGUGGAAGAAAUUGAUGCUGCUAUUUUAAAAUCACAGCAGUUUGAUCAAGCAGCUGAUGCAGAAUUAGCCUGGGUUGAUGAAACAGAGAAGAAACUGAUGUCUCUGGGAGAUAUUAGGCUUGAACGUGAGCAGACCACCGCUCAGUUACAAGUUCAAAAGGCAUUUACCAUGGAGAUUUUGAAACACAAGGACAUGAUAGAAGAACUUGUUGCAUCUGGGGAUGAGAUUAUGAAGACAUGCACAAAAGAGGAGAAACUAGCUAUGAAGGCAAAACUGGAAAGCCUCCUACAGAAAUACGACAUGCUCUGUCAUACGAAUUCUAAGAGAAACCUGCAAUUGGAACGGGCUCAGUCUCUAGUUAGCCAGUUCUGGGAGACGUAUGAAGAGAUUUGGCCAUGGUUAACUGAAACAGAAACAGUAAUCUCACAGCUUCCAGCACCAGCUCUUGAAUAUGAAACUCUAAAGCAGCAACAAGAAGAACAUCGGCAACUGCGAGAGUCGAUUGCGGAACACAAGCCUCAUAUAGAUAAGAUGAACAAAACAGGACCUCAGCUGCUGGAACUUAGCCCACGUGAAGGAUUUUCAAUCCAAGAGAAAUAUGUAGCAGCUGAUGCCCUUUACAGCCAAAUUAAGGAAAAUGUCAAAAAGCGAGCUCAGGCACUGGAUGAAGCUAUUUCUCAGUCUACCCAGUUCCAUGACAAGAUAGAUUCAACUAUUGAGAGCCUGGAACGUAUUGUUGAACGUUUGAGGCAGCCACCUUCAAUUUCUGCUGAGGUUGAGAAGAUUAAAGAACAGAUCAGUGAAAAUAAGAAUGUGUCUGUUGAUCUGGAAAAACUUCAACCUGUGUAUGAGACACUCAAAAAGCGUGGGGAAGAAAUGAUUGCACGUUCAGAAGGAACUCAUAAGGACCUAUCUGCUAAAGUGGUACAAGAUAAGCUGGAUCAAAUGGUCCUUAUCUGGGAAGACAUUCAUACCCUGGCUGAGGAAAGGGAGGCCAAACUACUCGAUGCCAUGGAAUUAGCAGAGAAGUUCUGGUGUGAUCAUAUGGCUAUUGUAGCCACUAUUAAAGAUACUCAGGAUUUUAUCAGAGAACUAGAAGGAGCUGGGAUUGACCCUUCAGUGGUAAAACAGCAGCAAGAAGCAGCAGAGACUAUCAAAGAAGAAAUAGAUGGAUUACAAGAAGAGCUGGACGCAGUCGUGAACCUUGGCUCGGAACUCAUAGCUGCAUGUGGAGAACCUGACAAACCACUAGUGAAAAAGAGCAUCGAUGAGCUAAAUUCUGCUUGGGAUGCUUUAAAUAAAGUAUGGAAAGAGCGUGUUGACAAACUUGAGGAAGCCAUGCAAGCUGCUGUUCAGUAUCAAGAUGGAUUGCAGGCUAUAUUUGAUUGGGUUGAUAUUGCCGGCAGUAAAUUAAGUUCAAUGUCACCAGUUGGUACAGACCUAGAAACAGUGAAACAGCAAACAGAAGAACUAAAGCAAUUCAAGAAAGAAGCCUAUCAGCAGCAGAUAGAAAUGGAACGCCUGAACCACCAAGCAGAGCUCUUGUUAAAGAAGGUUACAGAAGAGAGCGAUAAGCACACUGUACAAGACCCCUUGGCUGAACUCAAGCUGCUGUGGGAAAGCCUGGAGGAUAAAAUUGUGAGCCGUCAGCAUAAGCUGGAAGGUGCUUUGUUAGCUUUGGGGCAGUUCCAGCAUGCCCUGGAUGAGUUGCUGACAUGGCUGACACACACAGAAGACCUGCUGAAUGAACAGAAACCUGUGGGUGGUGACCCGAAGGCUAUUGAAAUUGAACUAGCCAAACAUCAUGUGCUGCAAAAUGAUGUCUUAGCUCACCAGUCCACUGUGGAAACAGUUAAGAAAGCAGGAAAUGACCUGAUUCAGUCAAGUGCCGUUGAAGAAGCAAGCAAUCUACAAAGCAAGCUGGAACUUCUGAAUCAGCGAUGGCAAAAUGUCUUGGAAAAAACAGAAGAAAGGAAGCAGCAGCUGAACAGUGCUUUGAUCCAGGCCCAAGGUUUCCAUGGUGAAGUUGAAGAUCUGCAACAAUGGUUGACAGAAACUGAACGUCAGCUUUUGGCAUCGAAACCAGUUGGUGGUUUACCAGAGACGGCAAAAGAACAGCUUAAUACCCAUAUGGAACUCUGUGCUGCCUUUGAAGCUAAAGAAGAAACAUAUAAAUGCCUGUUGCAAAAGGGCUUACAGAUGCUUGCAAGAUGCCCAGAGUCUGUUGAAACAAAUGUUGAACAGGACAUAAAUAAUCUUAAAGAAAAAUGGGAAUCAGUAGAAACAAAGCUCAGUGAACGAAAAAUCAAACUGGAAGAAGCCCUCAGUUUGGCAAUGGAGUUCCACAACUCAUUGCAAGACUUCAUCAACUGGCUCACUCAAGCUGAGCAAACCUUGACAGUGGCUUCUCGGCCAAGUCUUAUCUUGGACACUGUCUUGUUUCAAAUUGAUGAACACAAGGUCUUUGCCAAUGAAGUGAAUGCCCACCGAGACCAGAUUAUUGACCUGGACAAAACUGGAACACAUUUGAAAUACUUCAGCCAGAAACAGGAUGUGGUCCUUAUAAAGAAUCUGCUUAUCAGUGUCCAGAGUAGGUGGGAAAAAGUAGUUCAGCGCUUAGUGGAAAGAGGAAGAGCAUUGGAUGAUGCAAGGAAGCGUGCCAAGCAGUUCCAUGAAGCCUGGAACAAGCUUACAGAAUGGCUGGACGAGUCAGAAAAGACUUUGGAUGCAGAGCUUGAAAUCGCAAAUGAUCCAGACAAAAUUAAGAUGCAGCUCAUCCAGCAUAAGGAGUUCCAAAAAGCUCUUGGAGCUAAACAUUCAGUGUAUGACACUACAAACAGAAGUGGACGCGCCUUAAAAGAAAAAACUUCCCUUGCUGAUGACAAUCUGAAACUGGACGAUAUGCUAAAUGAACUCAGAGACAAAUGGGAUACAGUCUGUGGAAAAUCUGUAGAAAGGCAAAACAAACUGGAAGAAGCCCUGCUGUUUUCUGGACAAUUUACUGAUGCUCUUCAGGCGCUCAUAGAUUGGCUAUACAAAGUGGAACCACAGCUGGCCGAAGAUCAGCCUGUGCAUGGAGACGUUGAUUUAGUGAUGAAUUUAAUAGAUAAUCACAAAGGUUUCCAGAAGGAACUAGGAAAGAGGACAAGCAGCGUCCAAGCUCUGAAACGCUCUGCCCGUGAGCUGAUAGAAGGCAGCCGUGAUGAUUCCUCUUGGGUAAAGGUCCAAAUGCAGGAGCUCGGCACGCGGUGGGAGACAGUGUGCGCAUUGUCCGUCUCCAAGCAGACACGACUAGAACAAGCCCUCCACCAGGCAGAGGAAUUCCACUCGGUUGUGCAUGUUCUUUUGGAAUGGUUGGCUGAGGCUGAACAGGCCCUGCGUUUCCAUGGCAUCCUUCCAGAGGAUGAAGAGGCUCUGCGUACACUAAUAGAUCAGCAUCGGGAAUUCAUGAAGAAACUGGAAGAAAAAAAGGCUGAGCUAAAUAAAGCCACAGGUAUGGGAGAGACCAUCCUGGCCAUGUGCCACCCAGACUCCAUCACUACCAUUAAGCACUGGAUCACAAUCAUACGAGCAAGGUUUGAAGAGGUACUGGCAUGGGCAAAGCAGCAUCAGCAGAGAUUGGCAGGAGCCCUGGCUGCCCUUAUCGCAAAUCAGGAGUUGCUGGAAGCAUUAUUGUCCUGGCUACAGUGGGCAGAGACAACUCUUACUGAAAAAGAUAAGGAGGUCAUUCCUCAGGAGAUUGACGAAGUCAAAGCGCUCAUAGCUGAACACCAGACCUUCAUGGAGGAAAUGACCAGAAAACAACCCGAUGUGGAUAAAGUUACAAAGACACACAAGAGGAAAGCAGCUGAAUCUGGUCCAAUUCAGUCUCAUAUUCCUGUACUGGAUAAAGGAAGAGGAGGAAGGAAGCGUUCCCCUACACCAAGCAUGUAUCCCUCCGGCACACAGGCCCAGAUUGAAACCAAGAAUCCACGGGUGAACCUCUUGGUCAGCAAAUGGCAGCAGGUCUGGCUUCUUGCCUUGGAGAGAAGAAGGAAACUUAAUGAUGCUUUAGACCGAUUAGAAGAGCUGAGGGAAUUUGCCAACUUUGAUUUUGAUAUUUGGCGGAAAAAGUAUAUGCGCUGGAUGAACCAUAAGAAGUCUCGAGUAAUGGAUUUCUUCAGGAGGAUCGAUAAAGAUCAGGAUGGAAAGAUAACAAGGCAGGAAUUCAUUGAUGGUAUUCUUUCUUCAAAAUUUCCUACUAGUCGCUUGGAAAUGAGUGCAGUAGCAGAUAUCUUUGACAGGGAUGGUGAUGGAUAUAUUGACUAUUACGAGUUUGUAGCAGCGCUUCAUCCAAACAAGGAUGCAUACAAACCUCUGACAGAUGCAGACAAAAUUGAAGAUGAGGUGACAAGGCAGGUCGCAAAAUGUAAAUGUGCAAAGAGGUUCCAGGUGGAGCAGAUUGGUGACAACAAGUAUAGAUUCUUCCUGGGAAAUCAGUUUGGUGACUCCCAGCAACUCCGUCUUGUCCGUAUUCUGCGGAGCACCGUUAUGGUUCGAGUUGGAGGUGGAUGGAUGGCACUAGAUGAGUUCUUAGUGAAAAAUGAUCCCUGCAGAGUUCAUCAUCAUGGGAGUAAAAUGUUACGUUCGGAAUCAAACUCUUCAAUUACCACUCAGCCUACUAUAGCAAAAGGGAGGACAAACAUGGAGCUCCGUGAGAAAUUCAUUUUGGCAGAUGGAGCUAGCCAGAGCAUGGCAGCCUUCCGGCCCCGAGGGCGCAGGUCCCGACCUUCUUCAAGGGGAGCAUCACCCAACAGAUCUACGUCUGCAUCCAACCCACCGGCACAAGGAACUCCAACACCAGCUGCUUCUGCAAUGACACCCAAGCGCUCCUGCAAGAUGGGAAAAAAACAUACACCCCAUCAUUUAACACGCAACUAUGGUAAGCCAUGGUUGAUAAACAGCAAAACGACAUCUCCUUGUAAACCACCAGAGUGCUCUGAAUAUCAAGUGUCAUCCACAGAGGGGACUCCGAUACAAGGGAGUAAACUUAGAUUGCCCGGGUAUCUGUCAGGGAAAGGUUUCCACUGUGGAGAAGACAGUGGCCUAAUUUCAACAGCAGCUACAAGAGUCAGGACACAUUUUGCAGAAAACAGAAGGACCCCAAGCAGGCCUGGAAGUCGGGCAGGAAGCAAGGCUGGCAGCCGAGCAAGCAGCCGCCGGGGCAGUGACGCCUCUGACUUUGACAUUUCUGAAAUCCAGUCUGUGUGUUCGGACGUGUCAGAAACUGUUCAUACCUCCAUCAGGCCAACACCCCGACCAAGUACUCGGUCAGCAACUGGCAAGCCUUCCAAAAUUCCAACUCCACAAAGAAGAUCCCCCGCCAGCAAAUUAGAAAAGUCCUCCAAAAGAUAAUGUGAUAUUGGCUCAUCAAGGUCUUCUUUUCCCUGUGCAUUAAAUAUUUAAGUUUGUAAGAUGUAAAAUAUUCUGUAGAAAUUAUUGUGAAUUAUUACGAGAGUUGGAUUUUUAAUUUUGCAGAUGGCCUUAUUUGUGUAUUUGUCUUGUUUAUCUUAUGUGUAUAAUUUUUGUCAGAUUUGUUUUGUUUGUUUAUGCCAUAUCCUAUGUGGACAGGAGAAAGAUUUUUUUAAUGUAAACUAACGAUUGUUUGCAGUAACAUGUAGAGAGGUCACUAAAAGCAAUUACUGAAUGUACAGUUAAGUCUUUGCGUCCUGCGUCAACAAGGCCUGUCUAUUGCUUCAUCAUUAACAGUAAAGGAUACCUCAUAACUUUGUCUUAACACAAAUAAAAAGGACAAAAGGCAAAAUUAUGCAUUUUAACCUUGCAGAGUGGACACUAAAAGCACGUGACAGGGAUAUUAAGAAACUGAAGACACAGUUCACAUUACAGUUAAUUAAACAGCAUCUUCCAGAAAAUUCACGGAGAAAGUUACUUAAACAGCACUUGCCAGUACUCCAGUAUGUUGCAGCAUUUUCUGUGCCAUUGCUUUAAAAGAGGGCAGACACAAUCUGGAUAAAGCAAUUAAUACCAUUGCAUCAGAAUGCCAGUAUAAUCCGCAUUCAUGUCAAUGUGAGGUUUUCUUUUGCUUGAGUGGAUGAUAGCACUGUAUCAUUGGACUCAUUUUAUAUUAAAGCAGUUUUGCUUGCAAGAAGAAAAAGAAAUAUAAAAUAAAUCUUGUCUCUUCUC